AUGUCGAAAACGACAGAGGAAUCGGCAAAAGCCGAGCAAAUCUCUUCAGCGACAAUUCCCAAUGGAAUUAAAUUUUUAUUUGGCGGAUCUGCCGGUAUGGCAGCAACUUUAUUUGUUCAACCGUUGGACCUGGUAAAAAAUCGUAUGCAGUUAAGUGGUACCACGGGGAAAAAAGAAUAUCGUUCAAGUUUUCAUGCAUUACGAUCAAUUAUAGCCAACGAAGGUGUAUUUGCUGUUUAUAACGGUCUGUCAGCUGGUCUUCUUCGUCAAGCAACUUAUACAACAACUCGUCUUGGCACAUAUACCUGGCUUUUUGAACGAUUCUCCUCCCAUGACAAAGCUCCAGCUUUUGCAAUGAAAGCAGGAAUCGGUAUGACUGCAGGGGCAGUAGGAUCUUUCGUUGGAACUCCGGCUGAGUUGGCACUGAUUCGAAUGUGUGCCGAUGGCAGAUUGCCACCUGAACAACAACGUCGCUACAAAAAUGUUUUUGAUGCUAUCAUACGAGUUACCAAAGAAGAAGGUGUCUUCACUCUUUGGCGUGGUUGUGGUCCAACAGUAAUGCGAGCAAUGGUCGUCAAUGCAGCGCAGUUGGCAACCUAUUCACAAGCGAAGGAAGCUUUAUUGAAGACAUCCUAUGUGAAAGAUGGAAUUUUUUGCCAUUUUCUAGCUUCAAUGAUCAGCGGAUUAGCUACAACUAUCGCGUCGAUGCCUGUUGAUAUUGCAAAAACACGAAUUCAAAAUAUGCGUGUUGUUGAUGGUAAACCGGAAUAUAGAAAUGCAUUCGAUGUUUGGGCACGUGUCGUUAAAAACGAGGGCUUUUUUGCUUUAUGGAAAGGAUUUACACCGUAUUAUUUCCGUUUAGGUCCUCAUACUGUACUUACUUUCAUCUUCCUGGAACAAAUGAAUGCGUUUUACUUCAGAAAAAUCCUUGGUCUGGAAAAUUUCCGUGGUGCUCUAUAA